CGCCUCUUCCUGCUGCCCCCUACCCUGGUUCUGCAAAGUGUGCAUACCCCAUUCGAGGACACCGAGUUUGAGCCAGGAACUAAUGCGGGAGGGCAGCCGCAGGGAGUGUCCUCACGCAGAGUCGAGGCCAAGUGCUAGGCGGAGACAGUGACCCGCAGGGCGCUGACUGAGUCCCCGUGGUAACACACUUGGGCGAGUCUUGAUUGCAGCCCGUCCGGGGACCACUUGCCGCUUCGUUUAGAGCGCUUCACACCGCGAAUCUCACUGGAGCCUUUGCCACAGCCCUGCCCGGGGCCACCGAUGCACCCAUUUCACACGCGAAGAAACCAAGGCUAAGGUUUCAAGCCCCGGAGCAGGUUGCCAGGGGAUCGAGUGGCAGCGUCGCGGCUAGAACCAGACCCCCUGCGGCGGGUCAGCUCUCGAGCUCCUCCCCCGACCCUCCCUCCUCCACGCCGCCCCCGGGGUGUGCCUGACGCCACGCGUCUCGCCGCGACUACAGAGCCGCAGUUCGCACCCAGAUCUCCUCUGCUGCGGGUCUCGAAGACUUGGGGUCCCGGCCCCCCCGCUGGCCUCGCCGCUGCGGGUGGGCACGGCCCCCAGCGCCCUCACCAGGCACCAUGGACUGGAAGACACUCCAAGCCCUACUGAGUGGGGUGAACAAGUACUCCACAGCCUUCGGGCGCAUCUGGCUGUCAGUGGUGUUCGUCUUCCGCGUGCUGGUGUACGUGGUGGCCGCCGAGCGUGUGUGGGGGGACGAGCAGAAGGACUUUGACUGCAACACCAAGCAGCCAGGCUGCACCAACGUUUGCUACGAUGAGUUCUUCCCCAUCUCCAACAUCCGCCUCUGGGCCCUGCAGCUCAUCUUCGUCACUUGCCCGUCGCUGCUGGUCAUCCUGCACGUGGCCUACCGGGAGGAGCGGGAGCGGCGGCACCGCCAGAAGCACGGCGACCACUGCGCCAAACUGUACGACAACGCGGGCAAGAAGCACGGCGGCCUGUGGUGGACCUACCUGCUCAGCCUCAUCUUCAAGCUCAUCAUCGAGUUCCUCUUCCUCUACGUGCUGCACACUCUGUGGUACGGCUUCGGCAUGCCCCGCCUGGUCCAGUGCGCCAACGUGGCCCCCUGCCCCAACAUCGUGGACUGCUACAUCGCCCGGCCCACGGAGAAGAAGCUCUUCACCUACUUCAUGGUGGGCGCCUCCGCCGUCUGCAUCGUGCUCACCUUCUGCGAGAUCUGCUACCUCAUCUUCCACAGGAUUGUGCGAAGCCUUCCCAAGAAGAGGACCCCCCAAGGCGGCAGCCCCCCGUCCUCUGCCAGCCGGGCCUCCACCUGCCGCUGCCACCACAAGCUGGUGGAGGCCGGGGAGCUGGGCCCAGACUCCAGCGAUGACAAGGUGCAAGCUUCGGCACCCAGCCUGACCCCCAUCUGACCUCGGGCGGGGAAGCGAUCCUGGGGCUGCCCGAGGGGCCGGGGAGGGGGUGUUAUUGUGGCGGUGGCGGGGUCCUGCAGGUGCUGGGUGCCCCCACUCUGAAUUCACUAAGCUAUUCAACUUCAUUUUCAGCAGACUUUUUUUUGAGCGCUGGGCGCUGUGCUGUCUGCCUGGGUACAGGUCACCCCAGGCCCUGUGGCAGCCUUCCUGGCGGAGAGACACUAAAACAAGCAAAGUAACGACUGCCUACAAGGGGACACUUAGAAGGCUCAUAGUAGGACCUCCCCUAACCCAGGAGGGGGUGAUCAGGAGAGGCUUCCAAGAGGAGGUAGUGUUUGAAAGAGGUGAGAAUGUUUCCUAGCGAAGAAAAGCAGGUGCAGAGGCCUGGAGGCCACGAAGAGAGAGGGUUGCUCUGAGUUGGAUGCACAAGAUCAAAGGGAAUCUUCAUUCCUCCAGAUUCCUGGGGUGAAAAGGAAGGAGUCUCCCACCAGUAGGAGGUCUGGAGGCUGAAAGUGAACCUGGGAAAAGGAGGAGGAGGCUUUCAUGACACUGAGCCCUCCUGGAGACACCCAAGGACCCUCUGGGUUGCCAGGGCACUCAGAGGAAGCUCCCCUCCCCAGCCUCAGGCAGCUCUGCUCCCACCUUCCUCCCACAGUGUACUCAGUCUGGUGCCAGCCUCUCAGACCCCGCUCUCGGGGACUCCAGGUGGAUGCGCUGAUAAGAACAUUCCCAAGGCAGCUUCCUUGAAAUCAAUAAAGGCUGUUUGAUACA